CACCAGCCGACGACCGCCCCCUGAAACGAUCCAAGGAUGCAGCGCCGGCACAGCGGAGCGCACGCCGAUCAGCUACCUCAUGAGCUGCAGGUAAAUAGUCCUCGCGCGAGCAUGCCGCGGAAGAAUUCUAUGCCCGCAGGUGAGUCCAGUCGGUCGUCGGACUACCGAGGCGGGUCCGGGUUGCCUUCGUCGUCGACUUUCAGUGGAGGUGGUGAUGGCCGAAAGGGCUUUAAUCGGUGGACGCUCGUGGUUGUAUCUGCUCUUGUGGCAUUCGUUUUGCUUGUGGAGCUCCGGUACCAACAAGGAUGCGACGUCAGCAUGUCGUUUUCUCGUCACACGUCUCGUAUCGGCGGGAUCACCUUGUCGGCGCUGGAAACGGUGAACGUGACGCACUGGCUUGCGUUUGCGAGUUUGAUUGAAGCAUUUCUUCUGUCCAAUGCUAAGGGAGAUGCCGACACGCUUCUGGCCGCCCAAGCCGCAGCGGCCGCCGCAAAAUCCAUCGCGCUGAGGCCGCAACCCCUCGACGUCGACUUCCACGUGUCUAGUGUCCAGGUCGCGGUCGAUAUGUCCAAGAUGAGCGAAGAUACGUUCUGGAGCAUUGUGACCGAGCUCGAGGCGAACCACCUGCACGUCCUCUUCGACGAAUCGCGCCGCGUGAUGCACAUCUACGAAAAGAAUGACGCGUACGAUCCGAGAGCCCUCCCAAGCAAGUACAUGCCGUCGUGGUUUGUGUCGGAGCCGUACAACGUUGGUCAGCCCCACGCGACGAUCUGGUUUGUGCAUCUAGACACUUCGACCGCUACCUACAGCAUCAAGCAAGGGGCCAAGUCGAAUCGGCGCCGCAUCUUUGCCGAGGCCGACAUCGUGCCAUUGAAGCACCUCGCGUUUCUCGGUCGAUCGGUGCCUGUGCCAAACAACGUCCAAAAGGUCGUCGCGCAGGAGUUUGCCCAGGAGCUCAACGACGGUAUCGCGACGAAGCGACGAACGCAAUGCCUGCGGGAGUUCGUUCGAGGCGAUGCAUUCUACGAAGCCGAGUGGUCGCGAUGGGGGUGGAUCGCGCUGUUUGCGUUGACGACGCUCGGCAUAUACCGUGGCGUGUUGCGGCGCUGGUGCCGAGUGCAUGACGUGGCGUCGUCGCUCAAGCCAAGGAGUUUUACCGACACGGACCACAAAGUGUUGGUGUAAUUUAUAGGACCCGACUCCCCUCCACUUGCUCGAGCAUGUUGUUCCACGGGAAGAUGCCACUUAGUCAUCUUUAAGGAGCAAAUGGAGGUCCAAAGUAUCCA